UGAAAAAAUGAAACUUUCUUUCAUAAAAAGUAGAGGUGGGAAUGGAGAAUUAAUUAAGUUUUAUCAGUGAAAGUUCAUGAAGCACAAGUACGAAAAGUAAUAUAAAUUGAAAUUUCAUUCUUGACUGAAAUUGCUGUAUUAUUCAUCCUGAAAAUACCAACGAGCCACCAUGGCAUUAUCUAAAGUACCCAAUUUCUUACAAGGACUCGUGGCUUCUUAUUUCGAACAACUAUACGUGAGACCUAUUCGAACCAAAGCAUUGACGAGUUGUUUCAUCUCUGCGUUUGGCAAUCUCAUAGCUCAGUACAUCGGAGGUGCUAAGAUGAUUGAUCAAGAUAGUGUCAUAGCAUUUGGAUUAUUUGGAUUGAUGUUUGGAGGCCCAGUGCCACAUUUCUUUUAUCAGUUUUUGGAUAAAGUAGUGCCAUAUAAUUCGAAACAUGCAGUAUUUAAGAAACUAUUCAUAGAGAGAUUGUUGUUUACUCCGUUUUAUCAAUAUUUCGUGCUUUACACCAUCAGUAGAUUACAAGGUAAAUCUCACAAAGAAGCGUGCAAAGAACGCGAUGAAUUAUGGUGGACACUUCUAAAGGCUAAUUUACACGUCGUUACUUUGAUUCAAUUCUUCAGUUUGAAAUACGUUCACCCGAUGUUGCGAGUCUUGGUGGGCAAUUUAGUCAGUUUCUUUUGGAUCAUCUACUUCGCAUAUGCGAAACAAGCCGCCGCUAAAGCAGCCGCAGCUGCGGCUAGGAAGAAAAAAAUCCAUCCUUCGAAAUGAGUUUCUCGUUGACGAAUUGUUGGGUAUAUUAUUGGAAAUUUAUUAUUAUUAAGGUGGAAAUGUUAUUAGCAAUUGUACAUUGAUGUAGCAUUUAAGGUAAGACUGGAACUUAUUUUUCAUUUAACUGUCACAUUCUCCCUGAAAUCAUGAUCCGUGAUUAUCCGUGCGUUUUGGUCUUUGGAUUGUUUUCGAAUUUGUAUGCGAAAGAUUUCAAGAAGCUUUUGCAGGCUGUGAUGGUGUUUUGUUUACCUACGGGAAGUUAGGAAAUUGUACAUGCAUUUAUACAUCAGUUUUUUCUAUUUUGCAGUUGUUGAAUAUUGAAUUAUAAUUAUUUUUGUUAUUGUAAUACUAUGUUUUAAUUUUAUAAAGAUGUCUUGUAUUAAAUUUGUGAUGGAAAGAGAUUUGUUCUUUCCUUCAGGCUUGAAAGGAUAUCCCGCUGUAUAGCGUGAAAAAUUAUAUUGUAGGAAAGAA